AUUAAUUAAAGAGAGAGAAUUUUUCUUUCCUUUCGUCGUCCGACCGACCGGACAUAGAGGGGCCAAGCAAAGCAAACGCGAAGAUACGGAAACAGCGAGGCUCGCCGACUAGGGUUUGCGCUGCUCCUCUCUCCCGUCCCCGUCGACGCCGACCAGGCGCCCCGCCGCGAUGCCACAGUCCGUCCUGGUCGAUCGCGCGACCAGCGAGUCGCUCAUCGGGCCCGACUGGUCCCUCAACCUCGAGAUCUGCGACAUCCUCAACCACGACCCCUCGCAAGCUAAAGAUGUAGUCAAGUCUAUCAAGAAGCGGAUUGGACACAAGAAUUCAAAGAUCCAGCUCCUCGCACUAACACUGCUGGAGACGCUGAUUAAAAAUUGUGGAGAUUUUGUUCACAUGCAUGUUGCUGAGAGAGAUAUACUCCAUGAAAUGGUGAAGAUUGUUAAGAAAAAGCCUGAUUAUCAUGUAAAAGAGAAGAUACUCAUUUUGAUUGACACCUGGCAAGAAGCUUUUGGUGGUGCUCGUGCAAGAUAUCCACAAUAUUAUGCGGCAUAUCAAGAACUGCUGCGUGCUGGAGCCGUAUUUCCUCAAAGGUCAGAGAGUUCUGUGCCAAUCUAUACUCCACCACAAACUCAACCUCUACAGAACUACCCUCCUCCUGCUUUACGUAAUACUGAUUAUCGGCAAGAGGCACCCGAAUCAUCUUCAGUGCCAGAAGUAUCUACACUAAGUGCGACAGAAAUUCAGAAUGCAAGUGGCGUCAUGGAUGUUCUCUCAGAGAUGUUAAAUGCUAUUGAUCCUGGUAACAGAGAGGGUCUAAGGCAGGAGGUCAUUGUGGACCUUGUGGACCAAUGUCGUUCUUACAAGCAGAGAGUGGUUCAGCUCGUCAACACGACCUCCGAUGAAGAGCUGCUAAGCCAGGGCCUUUCAUUGAAUGAUGAUUUGCAGCGUGUUCUAGCAAAACAUGAUGCAAUUGCUGCAGGCAUAGCUGUUCGGGUAGAAAAGCCAAAACCACCACAGGCCCCUGCAAAUAGUUCCCCACCAGCAAAGCCAGAGGGGCCAAAAGAGCCAACUCAAAGGUCUUCUGAAGCUGCUGGUAAGGUUUCUCCAUUUGAGCAAUUAGCACUUCCUGCUCCUCCAUCAUCCAGCACCUCAAAGCCUCCUGGAGAAGCAUCUGUUGGCCCUAGUAUUGACCUACUCAGUGGAGAUGAUUAUUUCAAGCCAGAACCUGUGAAUUCCCAAGCACUUGUUCCUGUUGGCAAUUCCCCUGCAGCUUCUGCUUCAGGCCACAAUACCUUAGAUCUUGUAGACAUGUUUUCGCAAAGCGAUGCUAGCAAUAACAAUCACAACCCUGUUAUAUCGUCCCCAAUAUUGAACUCAAACCCUAAUCUCUCGGCACCACAAGCAUAUCCUGCUCCACAGCAUCCUGUUCCACCACAGCAGUCUUCAUUUUCCAAUGGGUUGACCUCCAAUACGAUCCCAACUUAUGGUCAAGGUCCUGACCUAAACUCAGCAAGUUCGUGGAAUGGGCAGCUUGCUCAAGGAAUGAAUCAACCACAGCAGGCACCAAAUUAUGGUCAAGAUGAUCAAAGCAGCGACCUACCACCACCACCCUGGGAAACUCAGCCUGCAGAAAGCGAUCAGUUCCAAGCUGGCCAACCUGACAACAGGUUGGCAAUGCCACCAGGACAAUUCGGAGGCAUUCCACCCCAACCUGUUCAAGUUGGUCAGCCUGGGCAGGUUUCACUGUCGCAACCAUUGCUGACUGGACAACCAGGCGGGAUGCAGUUUCCACCAGGAUAUGUGGAGCAGCCUGGGGCUCAACAUCCGCAAUCAAUGCCAAACACGCAAUAUGGGGGCAUGUAUCCUUCAAUGCAAGGCAACCAAGCAGGCGGCAUGUAUCCCCAACAGAUGGCAGGAGAUAUCUACCAGCAACAGAUGUAUGGUGGGCAGAUGGCGGCCGGCUAUGGCUAUGGUCAGCAGCCUGGAGGCUACUAUGUCCCAAAUGCUGCAUACGGGUAUCCCAGUGCAAACGACCUUUCUCAGAGAAUGAACGGACUUGCCAUGCAAAACAACGGCUUAUAUGGCACACCUGCGUCUUCUUCCCUUCAGCAGGCUAAUAGGCCAGCAAGACCCGAAGAUUCACUCUUUGGUGAUCUGGUUAGCAUUGCCAAAACAAAGCCUAGCAAAACUGCAGCUAAUAAGGCCGGUGGCUUGUAAAGAUGAAUGAGAAUCCUUGUUAGCACCAUUUCUGUGACAGCGAUAGCUUCUGCUCAUAGUACAUAAGUUCUUUGGAAAGUCCCCCUAUUGGGGAGUAGUAGGCGAGUUAUAGAUUUUGAAAUUCAUAGCAAGUGUGGUUCGGUAUAAUCCUAUUUUUGUUUACUCGGAAGCCAUUAUAUUUUGUUCACUUGUUGCAA